AUGGAAAGAAAGCUAAUGCAGACCAUGGAGAUGAUAGUCAUAAAAAAGCGCAAGGUAGCGCAAUAUGAAAGGGAAUUGGCACUUAGCGCUUUUUCAAGAGGAAAAGAUGAAAACACCGGGCUUUUCCAUCGCAUUUGGGGUACUGUUGCAAGUGCAGCUGGUGGAGGAACACUUAGUGAUCAAAUAAGACAACUAAAUUCGGAAAUCAUCCCACUGAAUGAACUAAGUCGGUAUCUUUUUCUUGAAGUUGUGGAACUGCGCAACAUGAAGGAACGCAUGGAUUACAGCAAAACAUGGAUGGGAAAGUAUUUCAAUGUUCUUGGACAUUUCUUUUCCGUAUACUGCAUUUGGAAGAUAUUUAUCUGCACUGUAAAUAUCGUCUUUGAUCGAGUUGGAAAGGUUGACCCCGUCACGAAAGGCAUUGAGAUCAUUGUAAACUGGCUGGGAAUAGAUCUAGAUGUGCGAUUUUGGUCACAGCAUAUUUCUUUCUUUCUUGUUGGCGUCAUAGCUGUUACUUCAAUUAGAGGGCUGCUCAUAACGCUGACAAAGUUUUUCUUGGCUAUUUCUAGCUCAAAGUCAUCUAAUAUCAUCGUCUUAUUGUUAGCGCAGAUCAUGGGUAUGUAUUUUGUCUCAAGUGUGCUGCUCAUGCGAAUGAAUGUUCCGCAUCAGUAUAGGAAAAUCAUCACAGAAGUCCUUGGCGACUUGCAGUUCAACUUUUACCAUCGAUGGUUUGACGUGAUUUUCUUGAUAUCUGCGUUAUCUAGCAUAGUUUUUCUGUAUCUAGCUCAUAAGCAGGUCCCUGUUCACUGA